CAAUACCAACAGAAAUGGCUCCGCGACGACGAAAGAGACUACAUCAAAGCCCGUCUCCACGCUGACCAAGGCCACUCCGCCGCCGAGCGCAGCAUCACCCUCAAGGACGUCGGCAAGGUCAUGUCCGACUACAAGGUCUGGCUCGGCGGCUUCAUGUACUUUGGCAUUAUUGUCCCCGCCUACUCGUACGCGUACUUCAGUCCCACCAUUGUCCAGAGUUACGGCUACGAUAAGAUCCAGACCCAGCUUCACUCUGUGCCUCCCUGGGCAGUGGCGUUUGUCUUCGCCAUGGUCAUCGCCACGGCGUCAGACUGGCUGAAGCACAGGUUCUUGUUCACGGUUCUCCCGAUCUGUAUCUCGAUCAGCGGGUUUGCGAUUCUGCUGAAUGUGCACGAUAAUUUGCCGGUGCAGUAUGCGGCUUUGGUGCUGAUUUGCAUGGGCAUGUACUCGGCGAUGCCGAUUCAGGUUUGUUGGUUUAAUAUGAACUUGGGUGGGCAUCACCGGAGGGCUGUGGGGAGUGCGUGGCAGAUUGGUUUCGGCAACAUUGGCGGCAUCAUCGCUACAUACUCGUUUGUUGGAGGCGACUUCAGAAAGGGGUACAUCAUCUGCGUGUCCUUCAUCUGCCUGAGCGCUCUGUCGUGUAUCAUUUACGCGGUAUCCAUCAUGGCUGAAAACAGGAAGAAGGCGAACCAGACUCUCCCUGAGGGCAUGACGGAGCAGGAAAAGGCGGAGCUUGGGGAUCUGAACCCCGAUUUCAAGUAUAUGCUUUAA